UUUGUUCCCUCCCGUCCACCAUACUUGGCAUCGGUUCAGAAGUUCUGCAGUGUGUAUGUGCGUCCUUGUAUGGGCCCUGGCUAGACAAGCAGCAGGAAUCUUCACAGAGAACAGCGAGCAACAUGAGGCACUUACUGAGCCUUCAGCGGGUGGCCGCCCGGGCCAUCAACACAACAGCCAGACAGAUGAGGAACAAGGUUCCAGAGAAGCAGAAGAUUUUCCAGGAGGACAAUGGCCUGCCAGUCCACAUCAAGGGGGGGACCACUGAUGUGCUUCUCUACCGCUUAACCAUGACCCUCACUAUUGCUGGCACUGGAUUUUCCUGUUACUGGCUACUGGUGGCCUCAAUGCCCAGAAGCAAGGCAGACUAAGGAGGGCAGAUGAGAUUAUUGUGUGUUUCUUACAUGAAUUCAGUUGAAUUCACUUUCAUGCUGUACAAAUACAAUUUCAAAUAAAUGUAUAGGGUAUAUAAAUCAAA